AUGGUGCAGACCUUGAUGCCCCACUCCUUGCCAAAUGCUCAGACACUCGUCUCGCCGCAUCAUGCCGCCUCCUUCAAACUCGGGCCGGCCCUGGACUACCUCGCCAUCCGUGAUGAGCUCGCAGAUGACGCCGACUGGCUGCUUGCCGGCCAAUCUGCAGAGAUCCACGGCGGCCUCUGUGUGUCCUCUGCGCACGCGGACGCCGCCGUCGCGCGCCUGCAGUGGCAGUACGUGGCCUGGUCUCCGGAAGCUUGUGGCCUUUGA